CUCUUCUUUAAAUUCCCCCACCCCCACCCCCCCCCCCCAAAAAAAAAAAAAAAAAAAAAAGAGAACGCUUUCAAGAUGCAAAUCUUUGUAAAGACCCUCACUGGCAAGACCAUUACUCUCGAGGUUGAGAGUUCCGACACUAUUGAUAAUGUCAAGGCUAAGAUUCAGGAUAAGGAAGGAAUUCCUCCAGACCAGCAAAGGUUGAUCUUUGCGGGUAAGCAGCUAGAGGAUGGUCGUACUCUUGCCGACUACAACAUACAGAAGGAGUCCACCCUUCACCUUGUCCUCCGUCUACGUGGUGGCAUGCAGAUUUUUGUAAAAACAUUGACUGGGAAGACCAUAACCCUUGAGGUCGAGAGCUCGGACACCAUUGACAAUGUCAAGGCGAAGAUCCAGGACAAGGAAGGCAUCCCUCCAGACCAGCAGAGGUUGAUCUUUGCUGGAAAGCAGCUCGAGGAUGGACGCACUCUUGCUGACUACAACAUCCAGAAGGAGUCUACCCUCCAUCUUGUCCUCCGUCUGCGUGGUGGUAUGCAGAUUUUUGUUAAGACCCUCACUGGAAAGACCAUUACUCUCGAGGUUGAGAGCUCCGACACCAUUGACAAUGUCAAGGCAAAAAUCCAGGACAAGGAAGGCAUCCCCCCAGACCAGCAGAGGUUGAUUUUUGCGGGAAAGCAGCUCGAGGAUGGACGCACUCUUGCCGACUACAACAUCCAGAAGGAAUCCACCCUCCACCUUGUCCUCCGUCUUCGUGGUGGCAUGCAGAUUUUUGUGAAAACUUUAACCGGAAAGACCAUUACCCUUGAGGUUGAAAGCUCCGACACCAUUGACAAUGUUAAGGCAAAGAUCCAGGACAAGGAAGGUAUCCCUCCAGAUCAGCAGAGGUUGAUCUUUGCUGGAAAGCAGCUCGAGGAUGGACGCACUCUUGCUGACUACAACAUCCAGAAGGAGUCUACCCUCCAUCUUGUCCUCCGUCUGCGUGGUGGUAUGCAGAUUUUUGUUAAGACCCUCACUGGAAAGACCAUUACUCUCGAGGUUGAGAGCUCCGACACCAUUGACAAUGUCAAGGCAAAAAUCCAGGACAAGGAAGGCAUCCCCCCAGACCAGCAGAGGUUGAUUUUUGCGGGAAAGCAGCUCGAGGAUGGACGCACUCUUGCCGACUACAACAUCCAGAAGGAAUCCACCCUCCACCUUGUCCUCCGUCUUCGUGGUGGCAUGCAGAUUUUUGUGAAAACUUUAACCGGAAAGACCAUUACCCUUGAGGUUGAAAGCUCCGACACCAUUGACAAUGUUAAGGCAAAGAUCCAGGACAAGGAAGGUAUCCCUCCAGAUCAGCAGAGGUUGAUCUUUGCUGGAAAGCAACUCGAGGAUGGACGAACUCUUGCUGACUACAACAUCCAGAAGGAAUCAACCCUUCACCUUGUCCUCCGUCUACGUGGUGGCAUGCAGAUCUUCGUGAAGACAUUGACUGGCAAGACAAUCACCUUGGAGGUUGAAAGUUCUGAUACAAUUGAUAAUGUGAAGGCGAAGAUCCAAGAUAAAGAGGGGAUUCCACCAGAUCAGCAGCGUUUAAUCUUUGCCGGCAAACAGCUUGAGGAUGGGAGGACCCUUGCUGAUUACAAUAUCCAGAAAGAGUCCACUCUACAUUUGGUGCUGCGUUUGAGGGGAGGCAUGCAGAUAUUUGUCAAGACUCUAACCGGGAAGACUAUCACUUUGGAGGUUGAGAGCUCGGACACUAUUGAUAAUGUGAAAGCCAAGAUUCAGGACAAGGAGGGUAUUCCACCAGAUCAGCAGAGGCUUAUUUUUGCUGGUAAGCAGUUGGAGGAUGGCUGUACCCUUGCCGAUUAUAACAUCCAGAAAGAGUCUACCCUUCACCUUGUGCUUCGUCUCCGUGGUGGCUGUUGAGAAGUUAAUUCCGUGCUCGCUUUUAUCUGUUGCGUUUUGCUUCGAUCUCUUUGUUGAAAAAUCUUUGGGACUUGUGUUCUUGUUAUGAUGCUGGUUGACCGUUUAAAGACGUGUGUGAAUAUGCCUUAAAGGCAUUUGUUAUGUUUGUUUUGUGUUUAAAACAGUUGUUUUCUGUUUCUCUGUUGGCUUCGUUUGAAUAAAGAACUUUCUAUGGUAUAA